AAAGUUUGGAAUCCAGACUGUCUCAAGGUCGGCAGUCAAGGUAUUUUAUGCGUGUCGGCAGUGACCAACGCCAGCAACAACGACGCACAUGGUUUAAUGAACACUACAGUUGUGCUGCUACAUGUAAAGUGUCUCCACCACGUCGGUGUUGCCGGCUCCUGAUAUGAACUCACACACGUAAACGUAAACUAGCAAUCCGAAGUUUCGGCUUACGGAGUCGUACGGUAAAAAACUGAAUUUCGAAUGGUCGUAUUGCACUUUGAUUGGUCAAUAACCCGGUAAUGCCUCCAUCUGGUUCGUCUGUCUUCUGACUGACUUGCUCCCGUUGCCAUCAGGCAGCGCCAGGCACGCGGAUUCAUUACCAUUCCCUCGUUCUCCUCGGCCCUCGACACCCACACACGGGAUUCCUAUCGUCGAGCGCUCUCGAAGCGAGUGCUGCUCGAUACCCACCGCCUUUCGUGGCAAGUAACGUUAACGGUUGACUGCCGCGCCCGUUUCCAGCUGUGCAUCGACCGCCACUCGCGUCGUCGUCUUGUGGCCAGUGCAGUCAACGAACGCAUACAUAGAAGGCGGUCACACGUCUCUCAAGCCACUCAGACGCAGUUUUCCGUGUCCGCGUCUGUUCAAACUUUGUGGCCUUUAUCCGGAAAGGGAAAGAGCUCCAGUUCCGCGGCCCUCGAUCGACUAGGUUACAUAAUAAUCGGGGAGGAAGCAUGCGCUCAUGGUUCUUCUUGACGACGCUGGUCGCCGUGGCGUCCACAUCGUGGCUCUCGCAAGUGGAGGCAGCGGCUUGUGCCGAGAUCUGCUACACGACCGCAUUGACGGGCUUUGGACCGGGAGGAUCUGCCGGCUGUAGCUGCAGUGGCUCGCAACAAGGAGCGCGCACGGGAUCCGGAAGCUGCAGUUGCGGCCAGUGCUACGAGCAGUCAGGCAGCACCGUCAUCGGCUACGCUAUCAACAGCGACGGCACGUGCACGUACGGAACGGACUGUGGAGACUGCGAUUACUCAUCGACUUCUUCUGGAAGCACAACAACCACGACGUCACCGACGACCAGUAGUGGCAGCUCCACGACAUCUACGUCAUCAAACUCGACAGAGUCCUCCACUCCGACCCCUACGACAGGUAGACAGCUUUGGUUUGAUUGGUUUUGGGAGGUGUUUUUUAGCGUUCUGACUGUGUUGCUUGAUGUUUUAAACUGGCCUCGCUUCGUAUCUUAUGGUAAUGUGCUGUUGUUUUGGCUGGGUUGUGUGCUAUUAACGUUCUUAGCUGCGCCUUCCACACCGUCUCCUGUUGUAACUUCAGGUACUUCGUCAAACUCGACCUCUGGAAUUUCAUCAUCCACUGCAGAUAAUAGCAAUUCGUCUACGACGCCCACAUCGAGUAAUUCGGGUUCAAAUAAUAACAACGCAGGCGAAGCUGGCAGCGCAGCGGGUGAUUCAUCGAGUAAUGGCCUCAAGACGUGGCAGAUUGCGUUGAUUAUUUGUUGUGGUGUAUUGGUCUUCACAGUGGCUGUGGUGUCGGUACUUUCGUGCUACUGCAAGGCUCGUAACCGCUUGUAUGAGAACGAGGACGACCAGGCUGAUGCCAGCUACUAUCAGCAACAAUACCCGCGUCAACGCGAAGAUGCGUUCGGAUCUACCGCGGCUGCCACGCCUACGUUAUUCCCGCAGGGACCGACGACUAGUUCCCGAAGAUCUGGUAGCUCCGGGAGCUUCACGAACGAACUCAAGACUUUGUACGCCAACUCGGCGAACAGCGGCAGCACUGAUAGGUUAGGCGUGGGUCUCGCUCCCGUACACAUCCGCAACAGCUCUGGUGAUUUGGCUGGAAUGGCUGGCAGCUAUCCGAACGAGCGUAUCCUGUCUGGUAGCUACUCGAACGAGCGCAUUUUAUCCGGCAGCUAUCCGACAGACCGUCGAGCAAGUGCAAGCAACAGGUCACAAGGACGUCGACCCAGUUUGGAGCAGGGAUACAGCACAGCGCGCGAUCGAGACUCGUUGGCGGUGGAAUUAUAGGCGUAACCCUGUUUUAACUCGAGGUUUUCCCGGUAUAUCCCGGUUAAAAGCAGGAGCAGCUACAGGAUAACGGCCAUGGACAGCUUAAGCAGCGACGAAAAAGACGUCGACGGUAGCGUCGAACAGAGGUCGUGUCUUUGGCUGGUAGUAGCGCUCAAUAGUAGAAUUAUUCGCGCUCAAGGACUGGACGUCGAGGCGAGUGCUUGCCCUUGAGGUAGGCUAGAACAGACGCCUCCAUUCUUGGCAGUAAAGCGAUAGUAGUUGAAUUAUUACGUAAUGACGUUUACAUCUUACAAAGCAGGCAUUUGGUCAUUAUGGGGA